AUGGCGGACCACGGAGAGGCAGACAGUAUCGGAUUCGACGAUAACAGGAUGGCGCAGCAGACCCUUCGUUUCCGAGGGCCUGCCCCACCCCCCACGCCUGUCAUGCGGGGCCCUCCCCCACUGCUGCGGCCCCCGCCCCCGCCUUUCGGAAUGAUGAGGGGCCCCCCGCCCCCUCCGCGCCCGCCUUUCGGACGCCCGCCCUUUGACCCCAGCAUGCCGCCAAUACCGCCACCUACGGGCAUGCCGCCCCCACUGGCCCCCCCUCACCUGCAGAGGCCUCCCUUCAUGCCCCCCCCGAUGAGCAGCAUGCCCCCGCCCCCCGGGCUGAUCUUCCCCCCCGGCAUGCCCCCUGUGCCCGCCCCGGGCACCCCCACCCUGCCCCCCGCCGAGGAGAUCUGGGUGGAGAACAAGACCCAGGAGGGCAAGGUGUACUACUAUAACGCUCGCACGCGUGAGUCGGCCUGGUCCCGGCCGGAGGGGGUGAAGGUGAUCCAGCAGGCUGAGCUCAGCCCCCUGAUGGUGGGCCCGGCUCCGGGGACAGGGUCCCCCUCCACCCUGCCCACGGGCAGCACGCCCACUCCCACCUCCUCCCCCGCUCCUGCCACCUCCCCCGCGGCUGCGUCCGCCUCCACCCAGACCCCCUCGCCCACCCUGUCCGCCAGCCCCGCCCCCAGCCCCUCCCCCGCCACUGCAGCGCCCGCCCCCGCCGUGUCCCAGCCUAUCGCCACUUCCGCCCCCCCCGUGGAGAUCCCCCCCGCGGCCAGCGCCCCGGCCUGCGUCGCCCCGGUGACGGCGCUCAGCGUCUCCACGGUGACGGCCACGGUGACGCCGGUGCAGGCCCCGCCCCUGCUGCUGCCGGCGGCUCUGCCCCAGCCCGCGGGCGCCAUCCCCGCCUUCCCCCCCGUCAUGGUCCCGCCGUUCCGCGUGCCCCUGCCCGGCAUGCACAUCCCACUGCCCGCUCAACGGACCGCUUAUUUCUCCCGCCUCCCAGGGAUGCUACCCAUGGCCCCGCCCCUCGUUCCCAUGAUGCACCCUCAGCUGGCGCUGGCGGCCCCCGCCCCGCUCCCCGGGGCCCUGGCGCUGCCUGAGUGGAGCGAGUACAAAACGGCCGACGGCAAAACGUACUUUUACAACAACCGCACGCUGGAGUCCACCUGGGACCGGCCGCCAGAGCUCAGGGAGAAGGAUAAGGAUGCAGAGAAGACCCGGGACAGAGCGCUGCUGGAGGAUCUGGAGCCCAUGGACAUGGAGGAGGAGGAGCCCAAAGUAGAGCUGCCCAAAGAGAUCAAAGAGGAGCCCAAGGAAGAGGAGAUGACAGAGGAGGAGAGGGCCGCACAGAAAGCCAAACCCGUGGCCACCAACCCCAUUCCUGGGACGCCCUGGUGUGUGGUCUGGACCGGGGACGACCGUGUGUUCUUCUACAACCCCACCACGCGGCUGUCCAUGUGGGACCGGCCGGAGGAGCUGGUUGGCCGGGCCGACGUGGACAAAAGCAUCCAGGAGCCGCCUCACAAGAAGGGCCUUGAGGACGUCCGCAAGCUGGGCAAGGAGGAGCUGGAGCCCGCCCCGGAAGAGGCUCCGGAGGAAGAGCCAAUCAAAGCCAAGAAGCGCAAGAAGGAGGAGGUGAAGGAGGCGGACGUGGAGAAGGACGCAGCGAUGGAGGCUGAGAUCCGGGCGGCCCGGGAGAGGGCAGUGGUGCCCCUGGACGCCCGGAUGAAGCAGUUCAGAGACAUGCUGCUGGAGAGAGGGGUUUCAGCUUUCUCUACUUGGGAGAAAGAGCUGCACAAGAUUGUGUUCGAUCCCAGAUACCUGCUGCUUAACCCCAAAGAAAGAAAGCAGGUGUUUGACCAGUACGUGAAGACGCGAGCAGAGGAGGAGAGAAAGGAGAAGAAGAAUAAACUGAUGCAGGCCAAGGAGGAGUUCAGGAAGAUGAUGGAGGAGGCCAAGCUGAACGUCAGGACAACGUUCAGCGAGUUUGCGUCGAAACAUGCCAAGGACUCACGGUUCAAGGCCAUUGAGAAGAUGAAGGACCGCGAGGCCAUUUUCAUCGAGUUUAUGACCGCCUUCCGCAAGAAGGAGAAGGAGGACUCCAAGAACCGCGGAGAGAAGGUGAGGCAGGACUUCUUCGAGCUGCUGGCAGACCACCACCUGGAGGGGCAGCAGCGCUGGAGCAAGGUGAAGGAGCGGCUGGAGGGAGACCAGCGCUACAAGGCCGUGGAGGGCUCCGGCAUGAGGGAGGAGCUGUACAAACACUAUGUGGAGAAGCUGGCCAAGAACCUGGACUCGGAUAAGGAGAAGGAGCUGGAGCGCCAGGCCCGGAUCGAGGCCAGCCUGCGGGAACGGGAGCGGGAGGUGCAGAAGGCUCGCUCGGAGCAGACCAAGGAGAUCGACCGCGAGAGAGAGCAGCACAAACGCGAGGAGGCCAUUCAGCACUUCAGAGCCCUCAUGUCUGACAUGGUGCGGUCGUCGGACGCCACGUGGUCGGACACGCGGCGGAACCUGCGGAAGGACCACCGCUGGGAGUCGGCCUCGCUGCUGGAGCGGGACGAGAAGGAGAAGCUCUUCAGCGAGCACGUGGAGGCGCUGUCCAAGAAGAAGAAGGAGCACUUCCGCCAGCUGCUGGACGAGACCACGCUGAUUACACUGACCACUUCCUGGAAGGAGGUGAAGAAACUCAUCAAGGAAGAUCCACGCUGCAUAAAGUUCUCCAGCAGCGACCGGAAGAAGCAGAGGGAGUUUGAGGACUACAUCAAAGACAAGUACAUCACUGCCAAAGCAGACUUCAGAACUCUGCUGAAAGAGACAAAAUUCAUCACGUACAGGUCCCGGAAGCUGAUCCAGGAGUCGGACCAGCACCUGAAGGACGUGGAGAAGGUCCUGCAGAACGACAAGCGCUACCUGGUGCUGGGCUGUGUUCCUGACGAACGUCGAAAGCUCAUCAUGUCUUACAUCGAGGACCUGGACCGUCGGGGUCCCCCUCCUCCCCCGACCGCCUCCGAGCCCACCCGCCGCUCCACCAAAUGAGCCCCCCCCUCCACCCCCCUGCAAAGCCCAGACCCAUACCUGCAGCUUACCGCCAUUCUGCGGGACGCCCCUGUACAUAUUCUAACGUCUAAGCGGAGCCCGAACUACGCUGACCCUACGGCGGAUCUUUCCGGAUCCUUGAACUCGGAAAGCGCGUGUGGCUUCUCCCCGCCAGAGACCGGCUUCUCCCCACCAGAGACCGGCUUCUCCCCACCAGAGACCGGCUUCUCCCCGCCAGAGACCGGCUUCUCCUCGCCAGAGACCGGCUUCUCCCCGCCAGAGACCGGCUUCUCCCCGCCAGAGACCGGCUUCUCCCCGCCAGAGACCGGCUUCUCCCCACCAGAGACCGGCUUCUCCCCGCCAGAGACCGGCUUCUCCCCGCCAGAGACCGGCUUCUCCCCGCCAGAGACCGGCUUCUCCCCGCCAGAGACCGGCUUCUCCCCGCCAGAGACCGGCUUCUCCCCGCCAGAGACCGGCUUCUCCCACGGUCACCAGCGACGUCAGUUAAACGUCAGGGGACGGAGUUAAACGUGCGGUCGGCUGACCUAGCGGAAGAGAGACUGAUCUGCAGGCCGUGUUUUUUAUUAGUAUUAUUAUUAUUAUUAUUAUUCUAUCAACGCGAGAAAAAAAGUCAUCCUAAUUAUGACAUUACGCGGUUUGAAUGUUGAAAUGUUUCUAAAGUGGUUUAAUUUUGACUUGUUGCUAUGUUUCUGUACAUGUUUAAUGAAAUAAAUGCAACCCACUUUUUUAAGUAA